AUGUCAGAAGAUCAAAACUCAAGUGCAGACGAUCAGAUUGGUACGCCAAUUGGAAAUACACAAGAACAAGGCCAAGAUCAAGAUGAUGAUGCAAAUUCAAAUUAUGAUUCCAACGAAGAUUCUAUUGAUGUGCAAGAUCUAGCAGAUGAUUCAACCAUCGAUAUUAAACAAGAUUCAGAUAAUGAAAAUGAGAAUGAGGAUAUUGGAGAUGAUAAAUCUGAAGAGAAGCAUAACGUAAUAUCUAAUAAAGUUAUCAUAAAGAGAAAACCAGGUCGUAAGAGACGUCCCAAUAAUGAUUAUGGUGAGACUCCACUAGCAGACACAAAAAUUCCAAGCAAAAAGAAUCCAAAAAUAGAUAGUUCUAAAAAUAAAAAGUUCCAUCUACAUUUACUAGAGAAGAGAAGGUUAGGCCGUCUAAAGGCAGCAGAAGAAUUUGCUAAAAAAUUAAAACAAAGUGGUAUCGAAAAGAUUGAAACAUUAACUGUUAAUCCAACAGGUUUAUUUCAACCUGCUAUGCUAAUAAAUCAAAAGAAUUAUUCAUCUGAUUAUCUGAAAAAAGAUAGUCAAAUAUUUGCUAUGAGAAAUAGAAAAGAAAUUAGGGAAAAUGCACAAACAACGACAUCCUUGAAUAAUACUCCAGAUUUUCAAGAAGGAAGAGGCGAAGCAAAUCAAGCAGCUCAAGAUGAAGAUAUUAAUUUGGGAGAUCCUUCUACCACAAUUGUUAUUCACCCUGGCUCAAAAUUCUUAAAAAUUGGCUAUGCCCAAGAUCCAAACCCUAUUUUAAUUCCAUCUUGCGUUGCUGUUCCAAAGAAUCAAUUUUUAGAUACCGUUUCUGAAUUAAAUGAUAACUUUAAUUAUUCCAAAGAUCAGUCAGAGAAAUUUGAUGAAUAUAAAAAUGAAUUACUAAAGAGUUUCAAAGAAAGAAUGAGAUUUUAUAAACGUAAAGUGCAAACUAAUGGCCAUGAACAAGUGUUGUCAUUCAAUAAAAAUUCUAAACCCGAAGAUGUAACUGAAAAAAAUGAUAUAGAAGAUGUAAACCGUUGGAUAAAUGAUCCUCAAAAAAAAUAUUUCGGUUCUGAUGCCAUACGAUGCUCGAAAGAAAAUUUCAUAAUAAGAUAUCCUUUUAUAAAUGGGGGUUCUUUUAAUAUUGAAGCACCUUAUUAUAGAACAUUAUCUGAACUGCUAUCAGAAGUAUGUGAAUUCCUUGUUCAUAUAUUGACAUCUGAUACUUUCCAAUUGAAGACCUCUGAUUUUAGCAGCUAUAAAAUUGUAUUGGUCAUUUCUGAUAUUUUUGAAAAAAGUCACCUUGAAGUCAUGUUCAGAUUAUUAUUAAAUGAGAUGCAAUUCAAUGCUGUCGCAAUAAUACAAGAAUCAUUAGCAACUUGUUAUGGUGCAGGUGUUGGUUCUUCCACGUGUGUGGUUAAUGUUGGAGCUACACAAACGAGAAUUGCAUGUGUAGAUGAAGGUAGUAUCGUAGAGGAUAGUAUUGUUUCAUUAGAUUAUGGGGGUGAUGAUAUAACAAAAUUAUUUUCAAUUUUAUUAUUACAAAGUGGAUUCCCUUAUACAGAUCUGAAUAUCAAUGCAGCCCAUGAUUGGAUCUUGGCUGAAAAGUUAAAAAAAGAUUUUGUUACAUUCCACGAUGCCAAUGUAACUGUCCAGUUAUAUAAUUUUAUUAAAAGAGUUCCAGGCCAAAUACCACAAAAAUAUGAAUUUGAGACAUUUGAAGAAGUUAUGUUAGCUCCAUUAUCUUUAUUUUAUCCCCAAGUUUUAAAGUUAUUAAAAUCAGAACAACUUGCUAAGUACAAGAAUGAACAAGUAAAGAAACAAUUACCAGCUUCAAGAGAUAUAUUUACUAGCGAAUUAAAUGAUUGGAAGUCGAUUGCACAAGCCGAUUGUUUGAAUAAAAAUUUAUAUUCUGAAACAUCAGAUGAAAUAUCAAUGUUGAAAAGAACAUUAAAUAUUCAUUUAAAUUUAGAGGAAAUUCGCGAUGAAAUUGAUAAAGAGCAUGAAAUACCCAACUCUAAUUAUACUUCUCUAGAAAAAGCCAUCAUUCAAAGUAUAGCUAAUGCAUCUGCAUCUCUUGAUAUAUCUAAAAUCAAUUCGUUUUAUUCAAAUAUUCUACUUGUUGGAGGUGGUGCCAAGAUUCCUUCUUUAGAUUUUAUCUUAGAAGAUCGUAUAAAAAUUUGGAGACCUCGACUAUUAUCUGUAAAUUCAUUCCCUACAUUUUACAAAAAGCUAACGAAAUUAAUCAAGGAGUUACCAAACUACGGUAAGACAAAUAAGACAUCUGAAGAAGAAGAAAGUCUCAAAAAAGCCAUCGAUGAAUUAAUCAAGACUGAAUUUGAAGCAUAUGGCCCCAUAUUAGAACAGCAAGCUAGCAAUGACAGUUUUUUCCCAGUUAGUAUUCUACCAUCUCCGCGUAAUAUGGAUCCAGCUGAAUUGAUAUGGAAGGGUGCUAGUGUCUUAGCCCAGAUAAAGCUUGUUGAAGAAUUAUUUGUAACCACUGCUGAUUGGGACAUGCAUGGAAGCAGAAUUCUUCAACAUAAGUGCAUUUUUACAUACUAA